GGCGGGGCCAGUGUGUCAGUCAGUCUACGAGCGCGCGUUACCGGGAGUAGUGCUUUGGAGUCUUAUCGCUCCGUGUAAAUUCACAAAAAUUUCACUCGCUCGGUGCAAGAUUAGAGAUACGUGAGCCGCGACGGAGAUAGAAGAGGAAAGAAGGAGAGAGACGUGAAGUCACACAAUUGCGUGUCGCUUUGCAAUUUUUUGGGCGAAGACGAGACCGCGAGGCGAGACCGACGACAGCGAGAGGAUGGCGGACACCAAGGACGACUGCGCCGACAACGUGCAGUUCUUCGAGGGUGUCGAGAAGCUCCUCGAGCUCUGGUUCAUCAGCUCCAAGGGUCUCAAGCAGCAUCAGGGUGAUCUCCGGCAGAUACCGCGGCAAAAAUGGGAGUCGUUGCUGAAGAUAGUCCGUUGCGAAAUCAUCAGUUUUUGCCGUAACGAUCAAGUGGACGCCUAUGUUCUCAGCGAGAGCAGCAUGUUUGUGUCCAAACGCAGACUUAUAUUGAAGACCUGCGGUACCACCACACCUCUGCAGUGCUUGGAGCCGCUUCUGGAGCUCGUUGAGGAGUACACUGGCUUCGACGAUGUCGAGAACGUCUUUUACUCCCGAAAGAAUUACAAGAAACCGGAAAUCCAGAUAUCGCCGCAUCAAACAUUCGAGGAAGAAGUCGCUCUGCUAGAUUCUCUCUUCUCUGAUGGCGAAGCUUACUGCAUGGGCUCGCCCGAGACGGACUGCUGGUAUCUCUACACCCUGAUUCGCGAUAAGUCGCUGCAGGACCCACCGGAACCGGAUCAAACUCUGGAAAUACUCAUGACGCAUCUAGAUCCGGACGUGAUGUCGAUCUUCACCAGAGACGUCUGCUCUUCCGCCGAUGAGGCGACAGUCAAGUCGGGAAUUGAUAAGCUCAUUCCCACUAUGAUUAUAGAUGAUUUCUUGUUCGAACCAUGCGGAUAUUCUAUGAACGGGAUAUCUAAGAAUGGCAGCUACAUGACGAUCCACAUCACGCCGGAGCCCGAGUUCUCGUACGUGUCGUUCGAAUGCAACGUCUCGGAGACAUCGUACGACGAAAUAAUUCGUCGCGUGCUGAACACCUUCAAGCCGGGCAAGUUCGUCGUGACGAUCUUCGCUAACAAGCAGUCCGCGGCGGCUAAUUGUCCGCGCGAACUCGAGAAGCGAUCCGAUUAUCUGAAUCGCUCCGGCGAUUGGCUGCGCACCGACGUGCAAUACUGUCGCUUCCCAAACUACGAUUUGACUUGCGCCUUCUUCUCGCGUUUCCCGAGCUGAGGGUUCAAGGACGCUUCA